CGCACACGGCCCCGGAGGCGGACGAGGACCGGACCCGCGCCGCGCCGCGCCUCGCCGCGCCUCGCCGCCCCCAUCCUUUCUUCUCCGCCCCGCGGCCGCUCCCGCGCCGUCCCCGCGCCUCCCCGGGACCCCGCCGGGAAAGUUUGUGCGGCGAGUGCGGCCGGGCGAGGAGGGCGCCCCGGGAGCGCAGCCAGACCGCGCGCCCCACCCGCCAGGAGGGAGCGCCCCGACCCGGGCGGCGGCCCAGCCCCUCCCGCCCCCGGCCCGCGCCCCCGGCCGCCAUGGGCGCCGCGGCCCGCAGCCUGCCGCUCGCGCUCGGCCUCCUGCUGCUGGGGCCGCUGCUCCGCCGGGCCGACGCCUGCAGCUGCUCCCCGGUGCACCCGCAACAGGCGUUUUGCAACGCGGAUGUAGUGAUCAGGGCCAAGGUGGUGAGCGAGAAGGAGGUGGGCUCCGGUGAGGAUGUCUACGGCAACCCCAUCAAGAGGAUCCAGUACGAGAUCAAGCAGAUCAAGAUGUUCAAGGGGCCUGACCGGGACAUCGAGUUCAUCUACACGGCCCCCUCCUCCGCCAUCUGCGGGGUCUCGCUGGACGUCGGAGGCAAGAAGGAGUAUCUCAUCGCAGGAAAGUCCGACGGGGACGGCAAGAUGCACAUCACGCUCUGUGACUUCAUUGUGCCCUGGGACACCCUGAGCACCACGCAGAAGAAGAGCCUGAACCACAGGUACCAGAUGGGCUGCGAGUGCAAGAUCACACGCUGCCCCAUGAUCCCCUGCUACAUCUCCUCCGUGGACGAGUGCCUGUGGAUGGACUGGGUGACGGAGAAGAGCAUCAACGGGCACCAGGCCAAGUUCUUCGCCUGCAUCAAGAGGAACGACGGCUCCUGCGCCUGGUACCGCGGGGCGGCGCCGCCCAAGCAGGAGUUCCUGGACAUCCAGGACCCGUAGCCGCCCGCCGCCGCCCGGAGGCGCCGAGCGCAGGGCCCGCCCCUGGAAACCGCAUGAAUAAACCGUCCUCCAACGGGUCCACGUCCGUGUCAUUCUCCCCUAGCUCCCUGUGCGCGGCUGCGUCCUGGGGGAGAGGCGGGUCCCCCCUGCGCCCCCGCCCGGCUCUGCCGCCCGGCCUCCGCCCUGGCUGCGGGCAGGGGGACCCGGCUCCCUCCCAGGCCCAGCCUGGUGCUGCCACAGACGCUGAGCGGGCAGCACCCCGGGGUCCCUCCCCGGCCUGGCCGAGGCAGAGCCUGGACGUGUGCAUUUUGCAGAAACUUGAGGGUCUUAGCAAGACUGUGUAGCAGGUCUACCAGGUCCCUCCCUCCCCCGCACAGGGGCGUGUCCCUCGUUUCUUGCAGCUUCCGCACCUCUGGCCCUGGGGUGUCAUCCCCACCCCUGGCCGGUGCCCCCCGCCCCCCAGGCUCCCCAGCUGACCUCGGGCUCCCACGCCAGCGACUCCUGUAUUCCGGAGCAGCUUGGUCUGGAAGGAGCCCCGAUUACUCUCCGGCAUCCACGGAAUUCCAGGGGGACCUCCCCCUCCCCAGGGCUGAGGCGAUGUGAGAGGAACAGGCCAUGGCCUUGCCCCUGCCCUCCCUCUCCAGCCCUGAGAGGCGUGAGACGCUCUGCCCUGAGAUCAGGUCGGGGGGCUCUUGGCUGCUCUUGGUUUGUCCUUGAGCUUCUGAGGUCCCUCAGGCCUCCCCUCCCCUCCCGGCAUCGGUGUCUGGACGGAGUUGCACAGACUGGCUUUGCGGGGCCCGUGGCCGGAGCUCCUGUGCCGUCUGUGUCCCUUCCUGGGGACAGGAGAGCGGGGUGCCCCGCCCGCGGGUGCGGGCUGUGCCUGCUUUCUGCGGGGACGCUGUCUGGUGAGGGCCCAAGGGCGGCGGCAGGCGGCUCCGGGGAAACACCGCCCUCCCGGGCCCCGGGCCUGCGGCCGGUGUGAGAGACGCCUCUUUUUUCUACAGACGAGUUCUCAGACCGCAAGCAAAUCGAGGUGCAGGUGUACCCCCCUCUGCCGAUUUCCCUUCUGUUCCCAACAUGUCUCCGUUAGGAACCUCCGUCAGAGGGAACUCGGGGCCCGUUUGUCCCCUGAGCAUGGUUUUCUGAUGCCGGCAUGAGGGGGUGACACGGCAGAACUCUGCUCGUCAGAAUAAAGAGAAUCCUCUUACUCCUGCUUGCUUUGUAAACACACCCUGUCCUAAAGUGACCGUGCACGUUAGACGAACAUACACCCACACACGCACAGUGCACGCGUGCGCACACACCGCGAAGCAGGUCUGCUGGCCCCCGAGCAGCCACCGUCUUCAGCCCACUCUGCUCUGCGGUGACCCCUGUGCCCCUACAAGGCCCCCGUCUCCCCGGGGGCUGCCGGGGACCUGGUCAGCACAGACUCGGAUGACCCCCUUUUUGGGACAGACGGCGAGGUCCCGCCUGGCCGCCCCCCCCCCCCCAGGGCGCUCGUGCUGUGCGGUGCUGAGGUCCGUCGGGACGGACCAGCCCUGGGGUCGCAGUGUGACCAGAGCGCCGCCCAGUGUCCGGUGUGACACUGACUCCCGCUCCCGCUGGCUCAGCCUGCCGGUUUGUCUCUGACCCAGGGUGGCCGUGUGGCCGCUCCUGUGCGGAAGCAUGUGCUGAGCGAGGCGCGGCCCUCCCCUCUUCCUCUGGUCCCAGUUAUUGCCAAGGAAACGAUCGAAGGCCCUCCUGUUUAACCCAGGCUCGUGGCCUGGUAGCCGUGCCCAGCGGGAAGACACCAGAAACCGGAAGGCAGUGGCUGGCGGCCCGGGUCCCGGCACAGCACAUCCCGCAGCCAUAUGGCGGGCCCUCCCCUCGGCCGGUCACUCCGUCACGCUCUGCCCCGCGGUCUCCCUGCGAGCGGCUCACGCCGUUUAAAUCAAGUUCCCGUUGUAGUCCUCCUCUGCUUGGUAACCGUGUGGGACUGGCUGCCCUGUGUCAAGCUCUGUGGACGCUGUGGGAUUCUGUGUGUUUUUAAGGGACUCGUUGGGGGGCACUGUGUUUUUGCUGGGACAGGACCUUCCUGUGCUGGGAACGCGUGCGAGCCGAACGGACAGGCAGCCUGCGCAUGUCCCCGAUGCUUUGUACAUUCCUGUGCGCGCUGGUCAGUGGCCAAUAAACAGUAUUAUC